UCGCUCGAUAACGACGGAGUAGAAUAUCAUCGUCUUCAACCGAACAUCCGCAGCAGCAGCGUCGCGACGCGCGUCUCGAUUAGUUUGAGCUAAAUUGUCCGUUGACAAAGAGCUGCUUCUUCGUGUUUUCGAUGAAUUGCUAAUCGAGCGUGAUAUCAGAACAAAUAGAGAGUUCGAUUUGGGAAUCAUUUUGAGGAAACAGGACAAAAUUAAGUGGAGUUUCAAACGGAAAUUCAAAUAAGUAAUAAAAAAAAGAGGAAAACUUACACGACAAAGUGUGGCGUUAAAUAAUUAAAACAAAAUUGUGAAAGUUUUAUCGCUCCGGAAAGUCUCCGAUGUGACAUAACCUCAGAAUUAAAAUGUUUGGACGACCACGGAAGUUUGGGGCACUUUUGGCCCUUCUGGUUCUGUACAACUUUGGCUUCCACUGGGACAUGGCGGUGGGGAGUCAAGACCACAACAUGGUUGACGUCGAGGUGGACGACGUGAGUGAGGCGGUUCGGUUGCGGGCUUGCUACGUGGAGGAUUUGCGGAACAUUCGGGAGUAUAACCAGAACCCGUUGAGUGUGUACAUCGAUCAUUGCUAUUUGAAGGAGUUGCCGAAUGCGAUUUUCAUUAGAUUUACGGAUUUGCAAGUGUUGGAGAUUUGUGAUAGUCGACUGGAUAAUUUGCAGGAUUUCGCGUUGAAUGGAUUGCGGAAUCUUGAGGUGUUGAACUUUUCCAGGAAUAAUCUCACAGGUGUCAAGUCUUGGAGUGAUCAUGAUUUAGAACAUCUGCAUACGUUGGAUUUACGACGAAAUCUCAUUAAAGCAAUCAACGAGCACUCACUAGAUCGGUAUCCAAACCUCACGAAGCUGAUCUUAACGGGGAAUCUGAUCUCGCACAUCCCAGAAGGUACCUUCAAGGUAGUCCCGAAUCUCAAGCAUCUGAAUCUGGGUCGUAACCUACUGACCUCAAUCGAGGAAGGCACCCUAAAAGGACUCAGCAAGCUCAGCCAAGCGGCCUUCCACCACAACCAGAUAAGCUACGUAGACUUCUUUGCCUUCAUCGGGAACAGUCAUCUCAAGUCCCUUCAACUGCAAGGAAACCAGAUUACAGUAUUCGAAGCGGAUCUGCUCUCGAAUCUCCCCCGACUAAUGUUCUUCAACAUCAGCUACAACCAGCUGGAGAACAUCGCCGACCAUAGCUUCAAGCGAAACGCCGACCUUCGAGUGCUAGACCUGAGCUUCAACAAGAUCGAGAACUUCCACGAGGACAGCUUUAAAGGCUUAGCUAGUUUAGAGGUCUUCAACGCAAGCAACAAUCACCUGGCUGAGCUGAACAAAUACAUGUUCAAGGACUUUUCCGCCCUGCGUCUGUUGGAUCUGUCUGCGAACCGGCUGACGUACGUCGAGAACAAGCUGUUUGAGUACUCUCCUCGGAUGGAGUACCUGAACUUGUCCCGCAAUGCCAUUGCCGAAAUUGAACACAACAUCUUCGAGGACUUCCGUAAGUUAAGAAUUCUAGACCUAUCGCACAACCGGCUAGUCGAAGACGCCUUCCUAUGGCCGAUCAUCAACCUGCACAAGCUCAACAUGAGUCACAACAGUUUCGCCCGGAUCAACACCUCACUGCUCGAAGGUAUCGAGCAGGUCGACCUCUUCCACAACCCCUGGAGUUGUCAAUUCCUCGUACUCGAACUCAUGAAGCAGACCAAAAACGUCCGCUACGGCAAGAACUACGUCGUCCAAACCAAGGACAACAUCCUCAACACCCAAGGCAUCGAAUGCACCGACGAACGGGGCAAACUCCGGGACAUCGUCGUCGUGGAAACCCCAGCCAAAGCCGAGUACAGCUCCUCCGAGUUCCACCGCUACAAACUGCUCCACGAAGCCCAAACCCCCGACACCCGCCCCAUCCAGGACAACUUCGACACCAAGUCCACCAUCCUGUGGCUCAUGUCCGGUGCGUUCAUCGUGUUCGGCGCCUUCAAGCUCAUCCAGCUGAUCCUGCACCACUCGGAGCACCAGAGCGAAAAAUGGCGCCUUGCCCAGCACCUGGAAUUCAACGGCGACCGGGACUUUACCGACGGGAUCGACGUCGACGCCGAGCUGGAGAACCUCGGGGUGGCCACGGAAGGUGGGCCGAAACGGGCGGUGCCCAAAAGGGGUCCGCAGUAAUUAUGGUGGGCAGGGAGAUCAAGGUGUGGUUACUGGAGACGCUGGAUACUUUGUUGAGCUUGCGAAUCUAUCCCUGCGUUUGACAGAUAGCUCACCUUCAAACUUUACAUACCUUAACUCUGACACAGCGAAAGGUUAAACAAAUCAAUCUGCCAAAAAAAAUUAGUAAUAAACGUAAACAAAACAUCGAAAUAUCACACCGUGUUGAAAAUUAUUUAAAACAACACACCAGUUGUUGGUUGAGCAGCCAUACAUUGUACUUUUUCGGGUCGGUGACACCGUGCCGAGAGUUUUGAGGCCUUUGCCGGGAGGAAAAUUGAAAAUUUGCUAGGGAAAGCUGGCAACUGGGUCGAUUAAUUUGGGACGACCCGUACCGUGUCGGAUUGUGUG